AUGAACAAUAGCAAGAUGGCAGCCUUGAAUCAUCGAGGCCCCUUUACUACGAAGUACCAUUCCCUCGAUGCUGGAUAUGCUGCACUUCACAAUGUGGCGCCAAAGCUGGUCGAACAAGCCGCUAGGAACUCGUCUUCCGGCAUCCUAGCGGGGGUUCAAUGCGAUCUUCAGCUCCAUCAUUCUGCAAAACAGCCACAGAUACGGAGUCCGAAGUUUCUAUUUCGUUGGAGUUCGCACUCUUUGUCCGCUCUGCGAUGUCUCCAGUUUGGGAGCAAAGAUCUCACCUCCAACCUCAACAUCGCCAGGAUUAUGGCGUCGAAAGAUGAACAUGGAGAGACCAGCAAUGUAACAAGCCUGGCGGCUGCUGCGGAUGUAGCGGGGCAUACAAAUAGCCCUGUGCCGUUGGAAGUCGACGAUGAUCAUGAAAGCGACUAUGGCGACGAGCUGUCGAGAUACUCCGCCUCCUUAACGUCUAGUGUUGUGGAUUACCCCGUUGUACACGGCCAGAGAUAUCAUGCAUAUCGUCAAGGCAGAUACCUGUUCCCCAACGAUGAACAAGAAAGCGAGAGACUCGAUAUUCAUCAUGCGUUGAUUGACGCUCUUCUGCAUGGGCGGCUUCAUAAGGCGCCCAUUGGCGACAACCCUCAACGUGUGCUAGAUUUAUGCACCGGAACGGGAAUUUGGGCAAUUUCUUUUGCGGAUGAAUAUCCGUCUGCUGAGGUUAUUGGAAACGAUUUGAGUCCAACUCAACCUUCCUUGGUACCCCCGAAUUUGAAAUUUAUCGUUGACGACGUUGAGGAUGAAUGGGGUUACGAGGAUUCCCCCUUCGACUACAUUCACGGCCGUUUUUUAAUUGCGUCCAUCAGAGACUGGCAAAAGUUAAUACGCCAGGCAUUCAGUUGCACCAAGCCCGGAGGAUGGGUUGAGUUCCAGGAUUGGGAUGGCACGAUUCGCAGCGACGAUGGUACUUUGAAAGGGACCCAUCUGUUCAUGCUUCAAGAGGCAGUUAAAAAUGCAUUUGUGGAGAUGGGAAUCACCUCCAAUCCAGGUGCAGAGUGCGGUGGCUGGCUAAAAGAUGCUGGAUUCAUUAACGUCACCACUGAGAAAUUCAAAGUACCCCUUGGAACGUGGCCGAAAGACAAACACUUGAAGGUCGUUGGCGCGUAUAACGUACUCCAGCACACUGAGGGGUUGGGAGGGAUUGCCAACUUACCGUUGAUCAAAAAGGGCUGGUCACCAGAGGAAAUUCAGGUCCUGCUAGCCAAGGCGCGGGAGGAUCUGAGGAAUCGAAGCAUCCACGCAUACUUCAACUUUUAUGUGGUCCACGGCCAGAAACCAGGUGGCUCGUGA